AUGGAAGGCUUAACGCUGAGCGAUGCGGAGCAGAAAUACUACUGGGAUCUCUUCUCCUACUGCGACAUUGAGAGCACCAAGAAGGUGGCGGCCAACGGGCGGGUGCUGGAGCUAUUCCGGGCCGCCAUGCCCAACGACGUGAUCCUCCAGAUUAUGGAGCUUUGUGGUGCAACGAGGCUUGGUUACUUUGGAAGAAGUCAGUUCUAUAUUGCUUUGAAACUUGUAGCUGUUGCCCAGUCUGGUUUCCCUUUAGGAGUGGAAAGUAUAAAUACAGUAAAGGACCUUCCUCUGCCAAGAUUUGUUGCUUCAAAGAAUGAACAGGAAUCUCGCCAUGCAGCCUCAUAUUCUUCAGAUUCUGAAAAUCAAGGGUCUUACUCUGGUGUAAUUCCACCACCACCUGGCAGGGGGCAAGUGAAAAAGGGAUCUGUAAACCAUGAUACUGUCCAGCCUCAUACAUCUGCAGAUCAGCAGGAACCUGCAUCUCCAGUAGUUUCACCCCAGCAGUCCCCACCAACUUCUCCACACACAUGGAGGAAGCACAGCCGUCACCCCAGUGGGGGAAAUAGCGAGAGGCCUCUUGCAGGACCUGGACCAUUUUGGUCUCCCUUUGGUGAAGCACAAUCAGGUUCUUCUGCUGGUGAUGCAGUGUGGUCAGGGCAUUCUCCACCUCCACCGCAAGAAACUUGGGUCAGUUUUGCAGAUACUCCACCAACCAGUACUCUUUUAACCAUGCAUCCUGCUUCUGUCCAGGACCAGACAACAGUACGGACUGUAGCAUCAGCUACCGCUGCCAAUGAAGUUUGUAGGCAAUCCAGUAGUUAUGAUGAUCCCUGGAAAAUAACAGAUGAACAAAGGCAGUAUUAUGUAAAUCAAUUAAAAACCAUUCAGCCUGAUCUAAACGGAUUUAUUCCAGGAUCUGCAGCUAAAGAGUUUUUUACAAAAUCAAAACUUCCUAUUCUUGAACUUUCUCAUAUUUGGGAACUUUCAGACUUUGAUAAAGAUGGAGCAUUGACACUGGAUGAGUUUUGUGCUGCUUUUCAUCUGGUAGUUGCUAGGAAGAAUGGCUGUGACUUACCAGAAAAACUCCUUGAAAGCCUAAUGCCCAUUGAUUUGGAGGACUCAGCAGAUGUUGGAGAUCAGCCAGGUGAGGUAGGUUAUUCAGGCUCUCCUGCAGAAGCACCUCCAAGCAAGUUACCAUCAAUGCCAUCACUAAACCAGACUUGGCCUGAGUUGAAUCAGAGCAGUGAGCAGUGGGAGACAUUUAGUGAACGCUCUUCAAGCUCACAAACUCUGACCCCAUUUGAUUCUAACAUUGCACCAACUGAUCCUGAUACUGCUAUUGUUCAUCCAGUUCCCAUUCGUAUGACUCCAAGCAAAAUCCACAUGCAGGAAAUGGAACUGAAAAGAACUGGCAGUGAUCAUACUAAUCCCACUAGCCCAUUACUGGUGAAAACAUCCGACCUGUCGGAGGAAAGUAAGAUAAAUUCAUCAGUGAAAUUUGCUUCUGGAAAUACUGUAGCAGAUGGGUACAGUAGUUCAGAUUCUUUUACUUCGGACCCAGAACAGAUUGGAAACAACGUAACUCAUCAAAGGUCUCAUUCAGGAACAUCUCCUGAUAACACUGCACCACCACCUCCUCCUCCAAGACCACAGCCUUCUCAUUCUAGAUCAUCAUCUUUAGAUAUGAAUCGGACCUUUGCAGUCACCACAGGACAACAACAGGCUGGAGUUGUUGCCCAUCCUCCUGCAGUGCCUCCAAGACCACAGCCCUCACAGGCUCCUGGUCCCGUUGUGCAUCGCCCAGUGGAUGCUGAUGGCCUGAUAACUCACAUUAGUACCUCACCUCAGCAGAUGCCAGAACAACCAAAUUUUGCAGAUUUCAGCCAAUUUGAAGUAUUUGCUGCAUCAAAUGUAAAUGAAGAACAAGAUGAUGAAGCUGAGAAACAUCCAGAGGUCUUGCCGGUUGAAAAAGCUUCAGAUCCUGCAAGUUCUCUUCGAGUUGCCAAAACAGAUAGUAAAAUUGAAGAAAAGACAGCUGCUAGUGUUCCCGCCAAUGUGAGCAAAGGCACAACACCUCUCGCUCCACCACCUAAACCUGUUCGAAGAAGAUUAAAAUCAGAAGAUGAAUUAAGGUCAGAAGUUGACGAACAUACGCAAAAGACAGGUGUCUUAGCUGCUGUGCUUGCUUCACAGCCUUCUAUUCCUAGGUCUGUUGGGAAAGAUAAGAAAGCAAUUCUGGCAUCAAUUAGACGCAAUAAGGAAACCAACACAGUUUUGGCCAGAUUGAACAGUGAAUUGCAGCAACAAUUAAAGGAUGUUCUUGAGGAGAGAAUUUCUCUGGAAGUUCCGGAACAGCUUCGACCAUUCUCUCACCUAUAAGCCAAUUGCCGUUAA